UAAGCGAAGCAACCAAAUUUUGACGUCAAUGAAUCGUAUUGAAUUUUAAAAAAUUUUUAAGUAUGAGCUAGACACCUUGUGUGUCACUUGGCUCGAGGAUUUCGAUAUUAGAACCAUAAUGACCCCGUCGGGUAACAACGAGGAUAAUGCCGAUUCCUUGAGUGACGAUCCGGGGGAGGAGGAGAACAGGAGGAUACUGAAUUCGAUCGAGAGCUUUGACGAUGUCCACAAAACCUACAAGUCCAAGAGUGCCCAGCAACUAGGUUCCCAGACAAAGGCUGUCGAAAAUUGCGACACCGAUCAGCAAAAGGCCAAAUCGAGUUCAUCGGCCACUUGUUCCAGUUCAUUGUCAAGCUCAGAGGGCAAAAAGGGUGACACUAAAGCAGAAAGCGAUUUCACGAGCUUCCUGAAGGAUAUGAGUCUGCGCUACUCACAUUUUCGCAUCGAAUCGGGUCAAGGGAAGCAAGAGCCUAGCCAGGCUAUGAAUUAUAGUAACUACAGCUUAAGUCCAGCUUGUCAGCCUUCCUGCAGCUGGCAAGCAGCUGUUUCACAAGAACAGUCUCCCACUGUUGGUGAAACUGUUACUUCUGCGGUAGAGAUCACCCAGGAUGGAGGAUACUACACCUACGGGCCGUCCCUGCCGGAAAGUAGUUCGGCCUCCACUGAGACGAUCGUUAAUCAGCCCACAAUUUGUGCGGCACCCACCGCUCCACCGCCAAGUGCGGAGGCUCCAAGUUGCUCUCUGGCAUCGGGAUGCUGUUGCUGCCCCAUGCAGCCAUCUGAGCAGCCACCGACCGAGUACUCCUACCAACAACAACAAAAUGCUUACCAGGGCCAGCAGUCGAUGAACUGGCCCAUGAGCGUGGACCCCACAACUGGAAUGUCCUACUACGUUUAUCCUGGAAAUGGAAUGUACCCGAUGGGCCUUCCAACCAUGGGAAUGAAUCAAGCCCAAAACGGGGGACCUCCCCCAGCCCAAUAUACAGGAGAAGGUGGGAAUAAUACUACGGUAGCUAGUCCUUCCGCUCAGAGUGCCAACGGGGGCUAUGAUAUGGAGAGUUUUAUGCGAAAAUACCAGCAAAGUGUUCAACAAUGUUAUGCCACGGCACAGCAAGGACUUCAGCAGACCUUCGCCCAAGUCAGUGCUCAAUCGCAGCCUUAUUUUAAUAACUAUGGCCAAGGUGCCCAGCCAUAUUACGUUAAUCCCAGUCAAGCUCCUCCACAUUUGCAUGGCGGCGCUAAUAAAGGUAUGACAUCAGUUUCAGGAUCUCAACAUAUGUUUGAAAGCAACAAUCAAGAAGCCCAACCAGCCCCACCUAGCUUCCAAGGAAUGCCGCAAGCAUUUAGUUCUCCUCUUGGGGCUCACGCGUUUGGUUCUCCCAUGGGUGCUCAACAGUUUUAUUCCAGUUCUACUAUAGAUGCACAAUCAUACUUUCCACAAGCGAUGUCGAUGCCUUCUCCGAGUAUGUCGAUGCCGGCUUCGAGUUUGUCGAUGCCUGCUUCGAGUUUCCUUGGGACCAGUGGGGGGUUCGCGAAUGACAGCCUGCAGACCCAAACAGUAUACUCAUCGGAUUACAAGCCCUACUCCACAGAGGGCAACCAUUUCAACCACUUCCCCAACGGCAUGGGCAUCGGCUUGUCCCUCGAAACCUGUCCCGGCUACAGUCCAGCUGGAACCGCUGGACUGGCCGAGAUGAGCACCGGAGGUCAGGUCUAUGGCAUGGGAGGUGGCUACGAAAUGGAUGCGGGCUCCUAUCCUCUGAGUCACAUGGGUUAUUCCGCUCCUUAUAAUUUCGAUAUGCCUCCUUUAGCGGCUGCCUAUCAGCAAACUCAAGGAGUGGCCAUGGUCAGUCCUAAUGUUUCCAACAGCACUCCAACCGGAAGCCACACACCAAGCUGAAGGAGCAAGUAUCGAAGACAAAGAAUUGGGGAAAAUAUCGCUUUUUGGAAAGAUUUUAGAGCUAAUAAAGAAUAAUGUAUUUUAAAAAUAUUAA